AUGAAUUUUGGGCGGAAGAGGCCGCCGUCGAGGGGAGUGUCCACGUAGCGCGCAGAGGCCGCGUGUCACGUGGGAGAGAUGGCUGCCGAUGCUGGGCUUGCUUCCACCAUUCCUCCACCGGGAAUUCUGAACCUCAAUAACGAGGUUGUGAAGAUGAGAAAAGAAGUGAAGCGCAUUCGAGUCUUGGUCAUCCGGAAACUGGUCAGGACGGUUGCCAGGCUGAAGUCAAAAAAGGGUACUGAAGAUGCACUGUUGAAAAACCAAAGGCGAGCCCAGAGGCUGCUUGAAGAAAUCCACGCCAUGAAAGAAUUGAAACCUGAUAUAGUAACUAAAUCUGCUCUUGGUGAUGAUAUCAGCUUUGAACAGAUUUGCAAAAAGCCAGAUUCUACUGCAACUGAAAGAGCAGUUGCCAGAUUAGCAGUUCACCCUCUUCUGAAGAAAAAAAUCGAUGUGCUGAAAGCUGCUGUACAGGCCUUUAAAGAUGCAAGACAUAAUACUGUCGGGGUUGAGUCAUCACAGAAUACUUUAGAAGAAAACCAGUGUAAAGGCGCUUUGUGUUCAAAUGAUGAUGCAAGUCAGCUACAGCAGCAUGUGAGAACUGUUGUCUGUGGGCAAAAAGGAAAAGAAGCGAAAACUCCAGCAAAGAAAUCUGUAAGAAAUUCAAAAGAAAAAACGGUCAAGAUGGAGCAUGGACCCAAAGAAGCAACCAGUCUCCAUCCUCCAUCAAAGCCUGCAGGAAAGGAUUCCAUAGUUUCCCCCAAACAACAGAAGAUACCUGCUGACUUAGAAACGAAAGCGUUAGGUCAAACCACAAGUAAGGAGUCCGGCGGCUCACUUGGUGAUAACAGUGAAAGUGAAGAAGAGUCAAAUGAAGAGGAAAAGGAGUAUUUUGAUGACAGCACAGAAGAAAGGUUCUAUAAACAAUCCUCCAUGUCUGAGGAGAGCGAUAGUGGAGACGACUUCUUCAUUGGGAAAGUCAGACGGACACGAAAGAAGGAAAGCAGUUUCCAUUCUUCAGCCACGGAACAAAAGCCCAUCCCCAAAGUGACACCCAAAGAAAAUGGACUUGAAACCCUUUGGGAUGGAAGGACUGAUCAAAGUAAGCCAAUUUCAGAAGCCAGAAAGCUAGAAUCGGUGUUUUUCCAGUCUUUAUCUGCAUCUAAAGGUCCAAGGAGGGUUCCCAGAGAACAAGCUCCAAAGACGAAAACCCCAGAUAUUGUAGGAAAUGAACCUCUGAUCAAGAAUCAGUUUAAAAAUGGUACACAGCGAGGACUUGGAAAUAUGCAACGGUCGCACUUACCUCUUCAUCCUUCCUGGGAAGCAAGCAGGAGACUAAAGGAGCAACAAUCUAAAAUUACUGUGUUUCAGGGGAAAAAAAUUACAUUCAGUGAUUGAUUACUACUACCAUCUGCACUUUUUGUCAAAAAAAGUUUAAGUCUCUUUGGAAAGGUUAUAAAACAUUUUGACCUGUUUUU